UACAUACAAAGGAAAACCCAUGGUAACAAACUUCAUCAUUAAGAACAAUGGUCGGGAUCGCAGAAAUCGAAGAAACAGAGGCGACGGCGCCGCUCCUGCAGAAUGCCGCGGAGCCGGAGCCAGUUCUGAAGAAGAACCGCUCCGUCAGAACUAGUGUGCCGGAGGCGGAGGUUCACAUCUACAACAGAGGGAAAGGUCCCAUCGAUAUCAUCAAAGUGAGUUUGGGCGGGUGGGAUCAGGACCAGCUCGAGAUCCGAGAAAUCCUCGACAAGUACGGCUUCAAAUCGGUCUAUGCCUUCACGCCUGGAUCGGGUCGGGGCGUUCCGAUCCGGUUCAACCCCAGGAACGGCCGCUCGAUGCUCACCUACAGAGAUGGCGCUCGUGUUUACAUCGACGGAGAGCCUAAGGACUCAUUGCUCAAGCCCAUCACCAGAAUAAUAUUAAGUGUAGCAAUGAUAACCGUCAUCAUAGUCUUUGCUAUGAAGGAGACUCCAGCAUGGGCAAAGAAUCUGCAGUCCUCAGUCGGUCCAAUUCCACCAUGGGUUUUAGCUUGUGUAGUUAUCGUCUUCACCCGGAUGCAGAAGAGAACCAAGAAUUUUUUUCAAAAAUACCUCUAGUCAGGCCUUCAGGUUCAUCACUCGUAUUUGAAAGAGACAAUCUUACUUCCUGUAUUAUUUUGACUUGCAUAUCUCAUGUAAGAUUACACCAUGGCUUUGCUCUCAGCUAGGUUUUUAUAACUUUACAGCUACAUAAAUUUUGUGAUGUAGAUUAUUUCCACCCAACUGAUAUGUUAAGCAACCUCUGUUUGAUUAUGCUGUGCUUUUGUGUAUAAGCUGAAGCUGAGAAACAUUGUAUACCAAAAACAAUAAUUACAGGUUUCAUUGAACAGGGCAUUUACAUUUAUUGAAA